AUGUGUUUAUUUGUGUGGUCAUGUGUUCUGUAUGCUGUGCAUCCCACUGCCUCCCAGGUCAGAGAUGGCUACACUAGCGACAGCAGCUCAGACUGGAGCCAGAGGACAGGCUUUGAGUUCAGGAGCACACCUGAGGGAGCGCGGCCAGAUGACCCUGACCUGCUGCCCGACAGGGUCAAGACGCUGCUCAGAGAGGUUCAUCAAGAAGGUAUGCAGGUGCUCUCUCUGUCUGAGCUGCCUGUCCCUGAGGGGGGACAGUCUGGAGCACAGCUCCCUCUGCAGGCCUGGAGAAAAGAGAGGGAAGCCCUGCUAGACACAGUGGAGUCCCUCAAAGAGCUGCUCACCCAGCUGCAGACCCGUCACCACACCCAGACGCACACACAGGAUAUUGGGGAGAGGACCGCGAUCGCUGUCCGUGUCUUCUCCAGAGGCAGAGGGGAACACCCCCAGGAAUUUCUGGGGGGGCCUGAGGCUGUUGAGCCCAGGCCAAGGAGGACCGUGGGGCACCCCGACGACGACCAGAAAGAGGGCAGUCGGGUGGAGCCAGUGGGAGCUCCACCCGACUAA